ACCUUUUCACAUCACUAGAAGGAAUCCUGUGAAUUAGCAAAGGAAAGCAGCCAAUUAGUGCUGGUGAUCCAGUGGUUAAAGAGUUGCAAAGUUCUGAUUAAUUCCCUCAGUAAUGAGGUAGCUAAAGCUGUGUGGUGGCCUGAGCUGCUGCUUCUGGGAAGCAUCAGAACUGUCUCCAAGAAAUUAGAUGAAGCCAAGAGCAGCAUUUACUCAUACUAACACUCAACAUUUUAGCUGCUGAUUUUAAGUUCCUUUGAGAAGUACUGGUUCCCCAUAUUAAUCGUUUGUGUUCCAGUGUGUGUGUGCUUCAGACUGGCAGGGAAUUGAUUUCCUCAUCCUCAAUCCCCACCCCCAGGCUCUCUGAGAUGAAUUAAUAGUGGGUGACAGCAAAAUUUAAAUGUGUUAUCUGAGUGUGUGUGAAGCAGCUUGAGAAAUUGAAACUAUGGAUACUUCUGCACUCUGUGCAGAAGAGAGGUAUGAAAUGAUCAGAGGAUAUUAACAGCAUUUCUUAAAAAAAAUCUUACAGAAGAGGCAGUGCUCCAGAGAACUCUGUGGGAUAUGGGAUGGAACUGCAUGUACCAAUUAAAUCCACAGUGCCAAUAGCUCACAGCAGCUCUGCAAAUCAGUGCUGUUUACAGGAACCAGACAGUAAAACAGAAAAGAAAGGGGGAAAAAAAGGCUUAUUGGAAUUACAGUUUCAAAUAUGAUACUCUGGGAUUUUUUUCUGCUUUUCAAAGUCUUGAUUCCAUAGAUUUAGGGGGUUGAUUUGGACUUAUUUGGUCUUAUUUCAUCUUCUGGCCUCUUCCUUUUGUCUUUGCUUAACUUGCACAGCUGAGGUGGAAAUAAGUGAUGGUGGAAGCACAGAAACAGCUUAAACUGUGUUUUUUCUGCCAGGUGGGGUGUUGGGACAGGGUUAUUUGAUAACUACACAUAACUGGAUCUGGGCUGCAUAGCAUGAUCUUGGUUUUCCAAUAGCUGGGAAGAAGGUAGUGGAAGAGUAGAAUUGCUACCUAAUAUUUCACUUGAUUUUUUUUAUGAAGGGUUUUCAUAACCUGAAAAUUAUUGAUAUGUCACAUCGGAAACCUCCUUCUCCAGAAUGAAUGAACACAUGAACCAGAAAAAUUACUUGAUGGAAAGUGGAUAUUUUCUUUGAAGGAGAUUAUCUUUUGUCUUAGGAGCAGUGCAGAGAGAAACCUGAUAUGUUUGUCCCCUGGAAACAUGGCAUAUACAAAAUAUCUGGUUAAGAGUCAAGUUUUUUAUUUCAUUAUCUUAGAUAAAACUGAGCUGGACCUGCUGAGAUCUGAAUCUGAUUUCAACUGUGAAGUGUUUUCAUGACAUGUAAUCACCCUCUUUAGGAAUUUUUUGAUCUGCAAUUGAAAAAUCUGAGAACCCAGACUGCUCCAAGGAAGCCAUGUGAGUUGUUUUUGUCUUUUUGAGCGAAGUGUCAGAGGGGCUGAGAGAUCCCCCUUAUAUUGUGAAGAGAUCUAGCAGAUGAUUGUACUAGGAAGAUAAAAUUCAGUCUUUACAAGGAGAAAUCUUAUUCCCCCUGUCCAAGAUUUCGUUACUCAGGCCAGAAGAGAGUUUUGGUUUCUAACCCAGCACCAAAAAUGGCACUUGUCACUGUACUUCUACUUCAAGCACAAACCAAAUCAAACCAAACCCAGAUCUCUCACUCUUCAGGGCCAACACCAGAAAAUUAUGAAAGCUGUAGGAUUACAAGGUGUGUCAUACCUUUCCCUGAAAAGUAGAAUGGGCGUAGGCUUUCCUUAUCCUUAUCCUUACACUUUCCUUAUCUUUUCCCUCUUGUGAACCACCAAAGUCUUCCCCACUCUCACCCAGGCAGCUCUGAACAGGGAGCACCACUGCUCAGAAGAAAUAUUGUUUAAUGAAGGUCUAGGACAGCCUGCAGUGCUGAAACAUGCUGCUGAGGCAGGCAAGCAUAUCUACCACUGCCUACACACCACCAGAACAUUUUCUCUCUUUUCUUUCUGUCUUCCUAUGCUUUUUCCUCCCCUAGUCCCUCCCUUUCCCCUUCCCAUGGGACAUCCCAUAUGCCAUUUCAUACAAUCCAUAGGUUCUGCUCUGCACCAUCCCCAAAUUCUCCUCCCUUGCUGUAAGUCUUAUAUCACCAGUGCCAUCAUCAUCCUUAAGCUUCAUGACAUUGCCAGAAGAGAGUUGCCUUCACAUUGGAUGGGCCAGAAGAGGAAGAGGACAGUUUGUGUUGGGGUUGUUGUCUCCCACCUGAUCAGCUGAGUGUGAUUUUUGGAAGUGAAAUGUGUGUUAAGGACAAGGAGACAAGUGCAGCAGAGGAUACCUCAGCAGUACCUGUCACUGUAAUAAACUGGUUUGUGGUAGCGGGGAGCUCACUCCUGGAAACUGGAGAAGGUGGAAGUCUGGGGAAAGCAGAAGUCAGGGUGAGACCUGCGACCUCUCAGACACAUCUGAACUCAGGGAGCCACAAACCUCCUCUGUUCUGCUGUGUGAGGUUGAGUUAGGUAAAAAAUGGCCCAAGGACACAGUGCUUGAAUCAGGUGUUAGAAAUCUGAGUAGCUCUGGACAGAUGCAGAAGAAAAAGCCUGUAUCCAAAAAAACAGCUGCCAUUGGGAGACAGAAAUUAUGGUGAACAACUGCAAAACUGGAUUAUGGAGCUGGUGCAGUUCUCAGGCCAGGUGAGUAAGAUUAAAAUGCAUAAAGGAGAGGAGUGUCUCUCAAAAUCAAGGGCAUGUUAUCCCAGGGAAUCCAUGAAUGAGGCCAAGCAAAGAGGCAAUGCCUCACUGAAAGAGAGGGACCAAACAUGGAAAAUUCAUUCUGCAUGUCCAAAAACUGCUCUGAAGAAGAAAAGAUGAAGAGGCCAUGAUGGACUGACUGAGCAAGCCACCUAUAGCAACCCAUCUUGGAAUAUUUUAUCAUGCCCCUGUAGCUUGGAAGAAUUUUUUCCUGAGCAGUACUCAAGGAGUUCCAUGGGGAAUUCAGGUGUACAUCAAAUACCUCCAGAGCUUCUGUCCCUCUGUACUGAGCAUUAACCAGGACAGAAUGGUAAAAAGUCUCAAACAGGAGAUGAAAAAGUCUUGGCCCCUGGAGAGAAAGGGAAGGUAACCAGCACGGACACCUGGGUGCCUUCAGCACUGACUGAUGGAGGCUGGACACAGGUGAAGGGGAAUGGGCAGACCUGGGCAUGAAUGGAGAAUGAACAUGGGAUAAAUGUGGGUGGAGAGGAAUGAUGGUGAUCUGUGGGAAUAGGGAAGGGAAUGGAGGAACCCUAGGAGUGGGUGCGGGGGAAGGGAACCUGAGGGCACAAGGGGCUGACCUGGCUCUGCUGUCUAUCGCACUCAGAAACCUUUCCAGCCCCAAAAGCCCCUUCCCUCCCCAGGAACACCCCAAGGGCCCCGGACGCCCGCACCCCUUCCCCAGCUCCGUCCCGGCGAUCCCGCGCGCCCCCCCGGCUCUCUCCAGCCUCCGCCCCCGGCCCGCCCCGGUCCCGGUCCCGCCCCUCCCGCCGCAGCCGCCGCGGCUCCGGGGCUGGGCAGGCGGCGGCGGGGGCGCCGCGCCGGGCGGGCGGCGGGGCCAUGCUGGGCAAGGACUACAUGCUGGCCAUUGUCCUGGUCAACUGCGACGACAACCUCUGGAGCGACCAGAGCCUGGAGACAGACCCUGACCUUCCCCCAAGCUGGAGGAAAAUCUGUGACUCUCUGGGUACCUAUUACUGGCAUGUGCCAACAGGCACGACACAGUGGCAGCACCCUGCACGCACCACCAGCCCAGGAGGGCACACGGAAGCUGAUGGAGAGGAGACACUGCAGGGAAGGGAAUGCCAGGGCCCUGCAGCAAAGCACUCGGCAAAGGACCGGCCUAUUCCCAGCCCCAUGGCUUCACUGUCCCGGAGGCACUCUCUAUCCUGGCAUGGAGAUGACUUCCAGCACAGCGCAGAGCCCGGCUCCAAGUGCUUUGCUGUGCGUUCUCUGGGCUGGGUGGAGAUCCCUGAGGAGGACCUAGCCCCUGGCAAGAGCAGCAUCGCUGUCAACAACUGCAUCCAGCAGCUCUCCAACAGCAAGGGCCAGGGCUCUGCGGAGAACCAGGGUGAGGGCCAGGACCUAGUGAUGAUUCUGAAGAAAGACACCAUGAGCCUGGUGGACCCCCUUGACCACAGCCUGAUCCACCGCCAGCCCAUCCUCAACAUCCGUGUCUGGGGUGUUGGCUGCAACAAUGGCAGGGACAGAGACUUCGCCUUUGUGGCCAGUGACAAGGACACCUGUGUCCUCAAGUGUCACGUCUUCCACUGCAAUGUGCCUGCCAAGGGCAUCGCCAAGGCUCUGCAUGAGAUGUGCUCCAAGAUCGUGGCCGAGCGAGCCGUAGCGAGCAGCAGGCUGCCCCGUGCCGCCACGCUGGAGCCCAUUUCUGCCGAGGACCUGCCACUGCAAGUGGAUAUCCUAGAAGCGGUGCGGCAGUCGAUGCAGACCUACGAGGCGCUGUACAUCGGCAGCCUGCCCGUGCCCAGGGCCAUGGGGAUGGAUGUGUUGAACGACGCCAUCGAGAAGCUGACGAGACGCCCGGGGCGGGAGAACUGGACCCCCUCCCUCAUCUACGUGUCCGACACGGCCAUGAGGGUGCACCCGGCGCAGGUGGGGAGGGGACGGGGGGCUGUGGCCGGAGCGGGCACGACGCUGCCCUCGGCAGAGCGCACCUGGGGGGCGGCAGGGCUGGAUGGGCCCGCGGGGUCCCCGCAGGAGCCCGAAGAGGCGGCGCACAUCUGGGAGUGCCAGGUGCGGUACGUGACCUUCCUGGGCGUGGGCCGGGACGCGCACACCUUCGCGCUCAUCGUGGACACGGGGCGACGCUUCCAGUGCGCGGCCUUCUGGUGCGAGCCCGACGCCGGCACCAUCUCGGAGGCGGUGCAGGCCGCCUGCAUGGUGCAGUACCAGAAGUGCCUCGUGGCCGCUGCGCCGGGGGCGAAGGCGAAGAGCGCGGCUGGCCGGGGCCGGGCCGGGCCGGCGGCCGCGGGGGACGCUGCCCGCGGGGCGGCCAAGGCGGGGGGCGGCGGCGGCGGCGCGGGGCCCGGGGCCCGCAAGCGGGGACUCUUCUCCUUUCUGGAGGUGUUCCGCCUCCGGCGGGCCCUCCUGCACAGCCCGUAGCGGGCCAGGCCGGGCCGGGGCCGGGGCCGGGGCCGGAGGGGAGGAGCCCGCGGCCCCAACCCCGACCCGGCGCCGG